AUGGAAUCAGUUGACAAAUUGAAAGCUAAGCGACAAUACGUGCGUGCAAGUUGCACUAAAUUACUUACAAAAUUAGAGACUGCUUUAACUAGUGGUAUUGAAGAAACUGAUGUGGAAGAACUUUUGGAACUUAAUGAACAUUUUCUUGAUAAAGAAGACUUGUUGAAAACAUUAAAUUCGGAAAUUGAAAAGCAAUGGACUGAAGCCGAGGGCUUUGAAAAAGAACUUGAAACUUGUGCUUCUAACAUGAAAUUGCCUAAGUUACGAAUUGAUAAAUUUUCUGGUGAUCCUAGUUCAUGGUUAGAAUUCUUUAACAGUUUCCAGACAUCAAUUCAUCAAAACAAAUCGCUGAGUAAAAUUGAAAAAUUUUCCUACUUGAAAUCACUGUUAACUGGACAAGCUUACAAUGUUGUAAAAGGAUUUCAACUUUCUGAAGAAAAUUACGAGUCGUGUUUUGAGCUUUUGAAGCAGCGUUUCGGUGAAACCGAUCUUAUUAUAAACACUUACAUGAAUAAUCUACUGAACCUUCAACCCGUUAAAAAUUCUUCAAAUUUAAGCGGUCUACGGGAAUUACACGACCAGUGCGAAGUUAACAUUAGAAGUUUGCAAAAUCUUGGAGUCACAUCUGGUUCAUACGGUCAUUUAUUGAAUCCAAUUCUUAUGAAAUUACUACCUCAAGAUAUGAUGUUGGAUUUUCAUCGUAAGUGUAAACCCGAAAGCGGUAAGGACGUUUCUGAAUUGCUUAAUUUUUUGAGAAAGGAAAUUAAGUGUCGUGAAGUAAUGUCGACUGUUUAUAACUCUUGUAGUUCCAGUAAAGUAUGCACAGACUCUAGGGCUAAACCUGAUAAUGGUCAAAAACAGAACCCACGUUUUGGGAAGGGAAACAUUUCAACAAUGACUUUAAAUACAUCUCAAAAUGUACUACCAGAAAAGAUGUUUUGUAUAUUUUGUAAAUCACAUAAUAAUCAUUUUUCUAAUAAUUGUGACGUCGUAGCAGAUAAUGUUAAAAGACAAAUACUUAAGAAAGAAGGUCGUUGUUAUAAAUGUUUUCGUAAAAACCAUCUUUAUGCUGAAUGCAGAAUUAAAAUUGAUAAAUGUAACUUUUGUAAUGAAUUUAGUCAUAACAAAUUGUUUUGCAAAUUAAGUCAAACUUCUAGCAACAAUCCUAAUACAAAUACUCUAGUGUCUCUAACGCAAUCUGAAACAUCUAAGGAAUUUAAAGCGACACUUUUGCAGACUUGCAUUGUUGCUAUACCAGCAAAUAGCGGUAAAGAACUACCUAAACCCCAAGAAAUUAUUUAUGAUGUUGUGUCAGUGGAGUUACGCAGCAUAUUUAAUUAUAGUUCCCUGAAAAUUGAAGCUCUAGUUACAGAUGUUAUUACUUGUGCAAAAUUGAAACAAGCUCCUCGCGACCUUCAUAGACUUCUUUGCUCACAAGGGUAUAAAUUGUGUGAUCCUAAAAGGGAAGAUGAAAUAGGAAUCCUGUUAGGCUCUGAUUAUGCUUGGCAAACUAUGAGGGGUGAAGUUAAACAGUUACCGGGUGGGUUGUUUAUUAGUGAAACUAUAUUCGGACAUACCGUUCAGGGCCCAUUGAAAUCGGAAAACUUUAACUCAACAGCGGGAGUGCAUUUUAUGAGCACCGCUGAUGCAGAAUUAAACAAUGAAAUAAAGAAAUUUUGGAGUUUGGAAUCGCUAGGCAUAAUAGCUAACGAGGCAAAUAAUUCAGAUUUGGCUAUCGUGAAAGAUUUCGAAGAAAAUCUAAAAUUUGUCGAUGGUAGGUAUGAAACGAAACUUUUGUGGAAACCCCAUGAACUUACGUUAAGCAAUAAUUUUAAGAUUGCAGAGUACCGUUUCGAAAAUUUAAAACCUAAAUUAUAUAAAAACGAAUGGUUGCUGGAAAAUUACAAUGCUAUUAUGCCAGAACAGUUAAGAGACGGUGUAAUUGAAUCAUGUAAAAGUGAAACGCGUGAUACGAAAAGUUAUUAUAUGCCGCACAGACCUGUAGUAAGAAAAGAAAAAUCAGCGACAAAGGUUAGGAUUGUUUAUAAUGCCUCAUCAAAAUCAACUAAUUGUAACUCUCUUGAUGAAUGUCUUGAUUCAGGACCGAUAUUAAAUCCAAACAUUUCAGAUGUCAUAUUAAAAUUUCGAAAAAAUAAAAUAGGAUUUUCCGCUGAUAUCGAGAAAGCUUUUCUCCAAAUUAAAAUUGCAGAAGAAGAUAGGGAUUACUUGAGAUUCUUAUAUUUUGAAGAUUGCGACAGUAGCAAAGAAACCAAAUCUUAUCGAAUGACUCGUGUCCCCUUUGGUGUGACGAGUAGCCCCUUUAUUUUAGCUUCCACUAUUAAGUAUCAUAUAAAAAAUUACGAAAAAAGUAAUUUUGAAACAUACAACAUGCUUAACACUUCACUUUACGUGGAUGAUUUAUUUUUUGGUUCUGAAACUGUUGAAUCUGCUGUUAAAUUGUCCACUGAAGCUGUUACGAUCUUGAAAGAAGCGGGUAUAAAUCUUAGAAAAUUUCAGACCAAUUCAGUUGAAUUAAAAAAUGAAUGGCAUAAAUCUGACUUUUGUGUAAGUACGGAGGAAAAUACAAAAAAGCCUUUUCAAGUAUUAGGUAUAAAUUGGGACACUGAUAAUGAUGUUUUAGGACUGGAGCUAAUGCCUCUAUUAGACAUGUUACAAAAACCCUUAAAAUAUAGCAAACGAGUUGUGUUACAGACAGCGGCUAAAUGCUUUGAUCCUGCUGGAUUUAUUUCUCCUUUCCUAAUUCGAAUCAAGUGUAUUGUACAAGAACUGUGGGAAAUGGGACUUGAUUGGGACGAAACGUUCAAUGCAGAAAUUAGGAAGAAGUGGUCUGAAUGGUGUUCUGAGCUAAAUGUAUUAAGACAUUUUUCAAUUCCAAGAUAUUAUUUUACACAUUCUUCCGAAGUAGUGGAAGAAACACUACAGUUGCAUAUUUUUUCUGAUGCUACCCCAAAGGCGUACGGGGCAGUAGCCUUUUUUAGAUUUAUUUCUAAAAAUAAUGUAAUUGAAACAAGUUUUGUUAUGUCAAAAUCGAGAGUAGCACCUCUGAAAAAAAUAACUCUUCCAAGACUUGAAUUGAUGGGUGCUGUAAUUGCAGCACGCCUAGGAAAAUAUCUUGAGAAUUUAUUUAGUGUUCACACUAUUUUCUUUUGGACUGACAGUACUAUUACUUUGUGCUGGAUUAAAGGAUCUGCUUCAAAGUGGAAACCGUUUGUUUCCAAUAGAACUGUUGAAAUUCAAGAUUUAACAUGUCCCCAAGCUUGGAGAUUUUGUGAUAGCAAGAGCAAUGCAGCAGAUUUUAUUUCCAGGGGCUGCAAAGCUGAAGAGUUAAUUGAUAACAGAAAAUGGUUACACGGUUCUGCUUGGUUAUCAGAAAACGAAGAAUUAUGGCCCAAACUUCAUUUUAAAGAAAGUGAAAUUGAUCUAGAAGCUGAACGAAAGAAUGUUAGAAAUUGUACAGCAAUUAAUCUAGUUCAUUCUGGACAAGAAAAAUUUAACCUCUUGACCAAAUUUUCUUCAUGGUCGAAGCUUUUGCGAGUUACCGCAUGGUGCCUACGGUUUUUUACUAACUUGAAAUUGAAAUCCGUUUCUGUCACAAAACGUGAUUAUUUGACGUGCGAAGAAUUGAAAAAGGCAUCGGAAGUAAUUAUAAGAAUUAUUCAGGAAGAAGAAUUUUCGGAAGAAAUAAAAUGCUUGAAACAAGGAAAACCGAUUACUUCUAAUAGUAAAAUUAGUUCACUAAAUCCAUUCAUAGAUAAAAGUGGAAUACUACGAGUCGGGGGAAGAUUAAAAAAUGCAGAAAUAGCUGAAUCACAAAAAUAUCCUAUUCUUCUACCGAAAGGAAAUUUUAUCACUAGUUUGAUAAUCAAGUAUUAUCACGAAAAACAUCUUCAUUGCGGAGUCCAACUGCUGUUAUUCGUACUAAGAGAAGAAUUUUGGAUCAUCAAUGCUAGAAUUGAAAUUAAAAAAUGCGUUUGGAAAUGUAUGAAAUGUUGUCGAUUCAGGGCAAAGAUGCAAUCGCAACUAAUGGGUGAUCUACCUACCAACAGAGUUAUUCCUAGUAGAAUUUUUUCUAGAACUGGAGCUGAUUUCACUGGACCAUUCCUUGUGAAAAUAAAGAAAGGAAGAGGAGUUAGACCAACUAAAUGUUAUGUUUGCAUUUUUAUUUGCUUCGCUACUAAAGCUGUACACUUGGAAUUAGUGGGAGAUCUGUCCAGUGAAUCGUUUAUUGCAGCUUUAAAAAGAUUUACAGCAAGAAGGGGAAAACCCGAAGAAAUAAGUACGGAUUGCGGUACCAAUUUUGUAGGCGCUGAUAGAAUUUUGAAGAAAGAAAUUUCGAUUCUAAAUUCAAGUCCUGAAUUCCGUAACUGGAUUUUGGCGGAAAAUAUAAAGUGGAAUUUCAACCCCUCAUCAGCACCACAUCAUGGAGGACUUUGGGAAGCGGCCGUUAAGUCCAUGAAAUAUCACUUACGCCGAAUGAUCGGUUGUCAAAUCCUCACCUAUGAGGAAUUCCUCACGCUGAUCACUCAAGUUGAAGGGUGUUUAAAUUCAAGACCGAUUACCCCAAUUUCUAAUGAUCCUAAUGAGUUGGGCGCCCUCACACCGGGACAUUUUCUUAUUGGGGCACCUUUGACAGCAGUACCAGAACGGGACUUGACUUCGAAAAAAGUAACCCCUCUGUUAACGCAGCAAAUAUUACAGGGAUUUUGGAAACGUUGGUCAAGUGAGUAUUUAUGUCAGUUACAGCAACGGGGGAAGUGGAGAAAUCCCUGUGAGAAUCUUCAUAUUCAUGACUUAGUGUUGAUAAAAGAGGAUAAUCAACCACCAUUGACUUGGAAAUUAGGUCGCAUCAUUAAACUUUUUCCUGGAGCAGAUGCGAAAGUUCGUGUUGUUUCAAUAAAGACAUUAAAUGGUGAAUUGAAACGUCCAAUUACGAAAUUGUGCAAAUUACCUAUUGAUAAUAUUGAAACUUGA